GCUCGAGCGGAUCCCCGGUCAGAACUGCAGGCAGAAGCUUUGCGCUGCAGUCACUUCCAGGCAGGUGCGCUGCGCCUUCACCACGCGAAGCACGACCUGCCUCGCCGGAAAGAGCAGACGCUUCUGCCUCUGCUGCGACCUGUUUUAUGGGGAACAGGCUGGUCCCGCUCCCGCUCCGGCCAGUCACACCUAUAGGAAACCCAGUGUUUUCUCCGGGCGGUUUGUACCACCGCCACAAAAUGGUGCCUAAAGUGAACGGAGGCGGCGGCUUCUGAGCGCGUGAGUCUGUUGCCAAGCAGGGGAGGAAAAGGCGGAGCGGCACUGAGGCGGCUACUUCCGGGGCGAGGGAGGCCGCCGGGAAGCGGAGCGAGGCGCCAUGGCGGUGCUCCUGGAAACCACGCUGGGAGACCUGGUGAUCGACUUGUAUACGGAGGAGAGGCCGAGAGGUGAGAGGAAGCUCCGGCGUCCGCCAGCAGAAGGCCGAACAGGCUGCAGAUGCCUUUCCCGAGUGUCCCUCUCCGACGCGGCCUUCAGGAGCCGCCAUGGAGUUUUUCCUCCCUCGUUGCAUUUCUGCGCUGCACCGGUUGGGUUUCUGCACACCGCCCAGCAGGACCGGUCCUAGGUGGUGUGCCCUCAAGUGGCCCGACCUGCCUUCUCCCACCUUUGGGGGUGGGAGGGUGUCAUCCAGAUGUUUUGGACUAGAGCUCCCGUAGUCCAUGUUGGCUGAGGCUGAAGGGAGUUGUGGCCCCCAAAUUUAGAGGGCACCAAGUCGGGAAAGGCUGGGCUAGACUGUGCAGUCUAGAAGCAAAACAACAUCCUUUGCAAUGUUGUAGAUACUGAGAGCAAAGCGUAGAUCCUCUAGCACAGUCUCUCUUGGGAUAUAUAUUUCUACAAGUACAGUUGCUUCCAGGAGACAACUUUCGUUGAUUCUUCAGGAGUUCUACCAGGAUUAUUUUAAAAAUACCGUCUUUCUUUUGCUUUGUUUAUUGGUUUUGCCUCAUGCCUUUGGCAGUAGCUUGACACCCAAAGAUUAAGGAACUGAAGUUUUUCUAAUUGUUUAUCUAUGUGAGUAGGACAAAUACUGCAAGGUCUGGAUUUGUUCAUGUGGGAAGAGGCGGUCCUUGAGGGCCUUGACUAUAGGGCUUGAUAGGUCAAAACAAGCACUUUGAAGUGAUUACAGAAACUAAUUAGUAGCUACUGCAAUCUGGACAUAAUUGGUGUACUGUACUCAGAUGUUCUGUAAGGGACGCGGGUGGCGCUGUGGGUUAAACCACAGAGCCUAGGGCUUGCUCGGUCCCUGCUCCUGCCAACCUAGCAGUUCGAAAGCACGCAGUGCAAGUAGAUAAAUAGGUACUGCUCCAGCGGGAAGAUAAACAGCGUUUCCGUGCGCUGCUCUGGUUCGCCAGAAGCGGCUUAGUCAUGCUGGCCACAUGACCUGGAAGCUGUACGCUGGCUCCCUCGGCCAGUAAAGCAAGAUGCGCGUCGCAAACCCGGAGUCAUCCGCAACUGGACCUAAUGGUCAGGGGUCCCUUUACCUCUGGUCUCAGUAAUCUGGCCACUGAAUUGUGCAACAGUGUAACUUCUGAACUGUUUUCAGAGGCAGCCCCAUGUAUAAAGCAUUGUAGUAGUUUACCCUAGAGGUUACUAGCAUAUAAAUAAUUGAAGCUAGGUUAUCUCUGUCCAGAUAGAGUAGCAUCUAGGCCAGGGGUAGACAACCUAAGGCUCAUGGGCCACAAGUGGCCCAUGGGGGUUGUUUAACCGGCCCACAAGCCGCCACUGAGCUGCCUGCUCGGCGAGUCCCUGUGCGCUGUGCUAAACCAGCGCAGUGCGGGGACUCACUUCUGCAGUGCCAGAAAUCACGUCUGUGUAUGCUCAGGUGCCAAAAAUCGCAUCUAUGCAGUCACCGGAAAUCAUGUCUGUGCAGACACCGGAAAUUACGGCCGUGCGUGCAAUCUGGCCCACAGAGGGAUUUCCGCUGGAGUGAACCAGUCCAAGUGAGGUAAACCUUGCCGACCCCUGAUCUAGGUCAAAGCUGGUGGAAGACGCUGCACCAUCCAGGCUACUUGUGCCUCCAAUGACAGCUGUGGUUCCAGAAGCAUUCCUAAACUGCACACUUGCUCCUUUAAAGGGAGUGCAACCCCAUUUAACAUCUGAACAUCAUCUUUUCACUGUUAUUUUACUCAGGAUGAGUUCUUUAUUCUGAAAGUUCUGUUAAGGGUUGACUAGAGUGACAACCUUGGCACAGGGUUUGUUUCUACUAGCCUCUUAUUGCAGGCCUUGAUGUGUUGUGGAUUUUGUUGUUCUUACGUAUAAUGGAGGAACAGUGAAAGUUUCUUUUAUUAAGCAAAACAUGCAGACUGGUUCAUUUGCUUUAAAUUUCUUACAGCUUGCCUGAAUUUUCUGAAGCUCUGCAAAAUCAAGUAUUACAAUUACUGCCUUAUACAUAAUAUACAAGUAAGUAUUUGUUAUGAUUGAUUUUAAGAUUUUGUGCUAUACAGUUGAUAAAGAGAGUUGAACUUAGACCUAGGAGAUCUUAGCUCACUUCACCUGUACUGUAUAUUGGAAAUAAUAGCUUUGCAGUCUGCAUCAUACAAAUGUCAGUGCAAGCAGUAAAUUUUAAUAAACCUAUUUUUCUAAAACUCGUAAACUGCCCUGUGAUCUUUGGAUAAAGGGUGGUAUAUAAAUUUAAUAAAUAAUAAUAAUAAUAAAUAAACUAUGGUGAUAGAUAGCAUUAAAGAACUUUUUAUAUGUGCUUUGCAUUCAUUCAGAGAGAUUUUAUCAUACAAACUGGAGACCCACAGGGGACUGGCCGUGGAGGUGAAUCAAUUUUUUGGUGAGUUUCAUUUAGAUCUUGAGUCUGUGUAUGCUUACCAGGAAGUGAGUCUCUUUGGACACCGUGGGACCUUUGCCCAAGUAAACAUGCAUUGGAAUGGACAAUUCAUUGGGUAAUUAAACCCAGGAGAAAGACCAAUAGACCUUAUCUGGACUGUCUAUCUUAGGUGUUCUUCCCCCUCCAGUAAUGCUGACAAAUUUUGUGUUCAGCUGUCUAAAGAAGGGAGAUUCCCUUGUAUGGAACAUUACUCUUUUAAAAAUGGAAAUGAGUAUUUUUCUCAUCUCCGUAGCCAGUCCAACAAGAUUCACACCACGCCUUUGAACACAUGGAACUAGAUGCAAGCUUGACAGAUCAAAGCAAAUGUAUUGUUUUUCUAAAAGCAGUUCUAAAAGCUUGUGAACGUGGGUGUUGUUACCCGAUUAAGAGUUUCUUAGGCACACAGAGAGCUCCUACAUUAUUUGAUGUACCCUAUUCAUUUGAAAGGAAUAUGUUUGCAUCUUGGUCUCCUAUUGAAACAAAUAGUGAUGAUCUUAAUAGAAGAGCUUUGCAUGCAUAUUGGAGCAUUUUAAACUGAUUGUUGGACUGAGGCACUUGUAAUGAAGUUUAAAACACUAAUUAGCAGUAUUAUGAGCACCGCCAAUAACUGAUCAUUUUAUAUUCUUGUGGAGGAAAGAUGUAAGUAGACUAUAACAUUUGUUUAGUUUUUUUGUCUGAAUAUUACCUUUGUGUGUUUCAGCAAAUUGUAUGGGGACCAAGCUAGAUUUUUUGAAACAGAAAAAGUGCCAAGAAUUAAACACAAGAAAAGGGGUACAGUGUCAAUGGUGAACAAUGGCAGUGAUCAGCAUGGAUCUCAGGUCAGUCCACAGUACUGGAAGAGUCUUACAAGAAACUUGGGAUAAGUGAAUGGAGUGAUGCCACAAAGAAUUAAAAUAACGAUUUGACUGGGCAUAAUCCAUGCACAUGAUACAGAUAUGUUCUUAAAGAACAGCUACUAACAAGACUUGACACAACAUUAAAAACCAAAACUAAUACUUACAUAGAUUGACAUUGUGGGUAAUAGAAGAGCAUUGACUCUAAAAACCACCAUAAAGCACAUGCACAAAAUUCCUAUACAGUAUUGUCUUUCUUUUACUUGUUCACAGUGUCAAGCAAGAUGAGAUGGUUCUUAAUCUUGUGGCAAUUAUGUAAAUUUUAAAAUGUGUUAGAUUUUUACAUGACUCUUAGGUUUGGAAAGGCAUAAAAAUGUAAAUGUGUAAUCUUUGGGAGGGGAGGGAAAUAUCAAAGCUGAUGAUCCCUGAGAGAGUCAGGACCUAAAACUGAGAACCAAUAUUUCCAAAUGGUACUGGACGGCAACCAGUGCAGAUGUUUCAAAACUUGCAUGUGAAUAUCAGUCUGCACUUAUUAACAGGCAGGCUUCUAUAUUUUGUCCUAGCUGAAGUUUCCAAAUCAUCUUAAAAGGCAGCCCCACAUGUAACACAUAACAUAUUACAAUAGCCUCUCUUCUGGAACCUGCCCUCCAGAGAAAACAAUAUAUUGCCUGUAGUUCCUAAUCCCGUUCAGAAUAUACAAUGAUUGAUGAUAUUGAAAGCUGCUGUUGAUAGCAAACAGUCUCAAAGGAAACAUCUUAAAAUACCUGGAGAUUUCCACCAUGCAGUUAACUCAAAAUAGUUUUGGGGUUUUUUAGUUUCUUAUUACUACAGGAGACAACCUAGAUUACUUGAAUGGUGUACAUACAGUCUUCGGUGAAGUAACAGAAGGCAUGGAUGUGUUGAUGAAAAUUAAUGAAGCCUUCGUUGACAAGGAUUUUGUUCCAUAUCAAGACAUCAGGUUUGACUCUGUUUUGCUUUUAUAGGCUACAUAUAUCAGAAAAUCCCUGCUUGAUCAGACCCAAUGGUCUUUCUAGUCCAGCAUCCCCCUCAGGGGUCUGCCAGGUUCUUUUGAGAGGUCCAUAUGCAGGACAUAGCAAUCAGUACCUGUUCCCAACUGCCGCAUCCCAAUACCUUCUGAUCAGUGGUAUACCACCUCUGGCACUGGAGGGUCCAUUUGGCCUAUCAUGCCAAACGUUUUUGCUAGACCUAUCCUCAAUGAACUCAUCUUUCAAAGCCAAUCAAACUAGUUACAAUGACCAUCUUCAGAAGCAGUGAAUUCCACAAAAUAAUGUUUUUAUUAUUUAUUUAAUGUGUUUAUAUGCUGCUUUUUAUUGCCAAGUGACCUCAGUUGUGUAUUACAUGAUGGUAUUUUUCUUAACUUUUUGGGGGGGGUCUGUUCUGAAAUCGUUUCCAGUCAGUUGUAUGACCAUCAGCUCUUGGCUAUUUUGCGACAGUCUUAUGAACUGGCCAAAUAUGAUUUGCCUUCUGUUUUAGCCAAGAGAAUAUCUCUGCAGUCAUAUGCUGCAGUAGGAUCUGAACCUUCCUCCACAAAAGCCAGCUCACAUGCUUUUGGGAAACGGCAAGAGCCCUGCACUAUACAGUGAUGCUCUGUUCAUUGCCUGUCUGGCUGUGUGCCAUACUUGACAUACAUACUUUGCAAAUGACCUGACUUUCUUACAGAUUCUGAUUAUCCAUCUGAGAGGUUAGUGUGUGAGUGUAUUUUACUGAUGCAUUUGUUGCCACAAUGCACACAUAUGCAUGAAAUUAUCCUUUACUUUUACUGCAAUUGUUGUCUAGGAUAAACCAUACAGUGAUCUUGGAUGAUCCAUUUGAUGACCCUCCUGGUUUGGCAAUACCAGAUCGUUCACCAGAGCCUACCAAGGAACAGUUGGAUGUGAGUGUUGCUAUUUAAUGUCUUUUGAUACUGGAGAGGGAAAUCAGAAAAUAGAUAAACAAGGAAUAUUUAUCACCAUCACACAAACCCUCAGUCCUUAAUCAUGGUGCCCAUUCAACAUAUGCAAAAUGAAAAGAAGAGUAAAACGAAAAGAAAAAAGUGAACCUGAACUGGUGGAGAUGGAAAGUUUACUACUGAAACAAAAAUCAAGCUGUGUCUUGACAAUGAAUCCUCUUCAAGGACAAUAGUAAUGUGUGUUUUUCAGUUUCAGCAGAGUGCAUUUUUUGGAGCUCUGAGUUGCAUGAGGAAUGGUUCCCAGAGGGGGAUUCUCCCUCCACCUGCUGCUUUCCUCCCAAUUCAAUAAGCAGUGUCAUAAAAAAAAAGCCUAUCCUGAAAGGCAUCCAUCAACCUCUGAUUAAACUAUGUUAGACUGGCGCUAACACUUUGCGAUGUGAAAGAAUUUAUAUUUUCAAGGGCUGAAACAUUCAAGUAGUCAGAUUAUUAAAAUUGUUAUUUCUGGGUAUAUCUUCCAUUUUUAUUUGGAAUGCAUGGCUGCACACAACCCAAUGCCUGCAGAAACAUGGAGGUGCAAUAUGUGAAAUGUAAAAGAUAUACCUGUGUAUUUUCCAAAGAAGGCAUAUGUCUGACCAAAGAUAAGGAGGAGGAUAAGUGUCUUCACAGGCAAACAGGCACAUGUGCUAUCCAUGCCACAUGAUGUAGCUAUGCCUCCUAAGGCGCAUGUUUAUAUGCCUGUGCUUCAGACAUUAAUAUGGCAGGCAACUUUAGGUUUAUAGAUACACUGCUGCCUUGAACUUCAGAAAUGGAACUGCAUCUACACCCCUCCCCUGUCCAGGUUUUAAAAGGUGAAGAAAAUGGGGAGAACAAUUGGUGCAUUCAUUGUGGAAUUGAGAAAAAUAAGGGUCAUCCUGUAACUCAUACUAGAAGGAGAAAAAUACAAAUUAACUGCUAUAAUUGUCAUCAAGCAUGCUCGUUUCUGGUGGUUCACAAUAUAGAUUAUUGUGAUAUAUGUAAACCUGUGCUAACUGCUUACAUUUUGCUGAGUGUAUAAUUUCAAAAAGGGUAAGCUACACAGUACAGUUGUACCUUGGAAGUCGAACGGAAUCUGUUCCGGAGGUCCGUCCGACUUACAAAACGUUUGGAAACCAAAGCGUGGCUUCCAGCUGGCUGCAGGAACACCCUGCAGCCAAUCAGAAGCCGUACCGGAUAUUCGGCUUCCGAAAAUCGUUCAAAAACCGGAACACUCACUUCCGGGUUUGAUCAUUCGGGAGCCGAUUUGUUCAGGAGCCAAAGUAUGACUGUACUGUGGACAGGACUGUAAUCAAUCUCUUAAGCUUGAACUCACAAGUGUAAAGUGUUUCUGUAUGUCUUCCUGUGUAUGUUUAAAAUUUGUGUUCAAGCAGUAAAGUUAGUUUCAGUUCAGCUAUGCAUUGAGUCACAAAUGGAUUGAAAAAAAGCAACAAUAUAUACUCACUGGCUAAAUAUUAUUAAAUAGCUGUUUUUCUUUUAUUUGUUUUAAAUAUAAGACAGAGUGGAAGAAUAGGAGCUGAUGAGGAGAUUGAUGACUUCAAAGGAAGGUCUGUUGAUGAAGUGGAAGAAAUUCUGGCAGAGAAAGAAGCAAAAACUAAGGCUAUUCUUUUGGAAAUGGUAAAUAUGUUCAAUUAUUUAACUCAAAGUCAGCCUUGCAGAUAUGCAUGUGCUUUUUGUGAAUAUAAAUAAAGCUGUCGCAGCAUCAGAUAUGAUGAUUACUAGGACUGUCUGUUGAAUCUAGAUGUAGGUUCAAUUUUUUAAAAAAAUCUAAUAAUUGAUCUUGCAAUGGGACAUAAAGAUAAAUCAGAAGGAUUUUAUGCAUGCUUAAAAGGUUGUAUAUGUUAAAUAAUUACAUGUCAAAACAUGUCUAAAUGUGACUUGCCCGAGAUUCUGUAUAAAGUGGGACUAAAAUCUCCUCUCAUAUCACACUUGUAUUCCAGGUUGGAGACUUGCCAGAUGCAGAUAUCAAGCCUCCUGAAAAUGUCUUGUUUGUUUGCAAACUUAAUCCUGUGACAACAGAUGAAGACCUUGAAAUCAUAUUUUCCCGAUUCGGACAAAUAAAAAGGUAAUUAUUGAAAAUCGGCACAAGAAGCAAAAAGUUUGCAAGUAAUUUUAAAACUCUUCCUUUCUGGGACUGAUUGCUCUGCUUUCAGUUUGUUUCAGUCAUAAAUCUUUUAUUUCAACCUUUGGCUAUUUUAGAAAUUUUUAAGACUUGAACAGCGGAGGCGGGUGCUGGUGGGUGAGAGUCAGGAAUUUUACUAUGGCUGGAAGAAAGUGCUUGUUGGCUGCCUUCCCCUUCAGCAUGUGUAGUAACAAAGUUAGGGGAAACAUGGUAUCACAAGAAGUUGUGCAGCAUCUUUCCCUCUCCUUCCGAGAGUCCUUUUUCCCCUAGAUGCACUUUUUCGUCCUCUUCUCUCCCUGCCUUUUCUUGUCAAUUCACUUUUGAAUUCUACCUCUUUCAAGCGUGCUGCUGUCUGAUCCCUAGAAGAGUGCCCCAGGGGCUAUGGGACAGAGUGGGAAGGGAGGCACCGUAUUUUUCGCUCUAUAGGACGCACCCGACCAUAGGAUGCACCCUGUUUUAGAGGGGGAGAACAGGGGAAAAAAUUAUCCCCCUCUCUGCUCAGCGCCUCUCCAGCGCAGCAAAGCCUGGAGAGCAAGAGGGAUUGGUGUGCACUGACCCCUCUCGCUCUCCAGACUUCAGUGAAGGCAACCCGAAGCCUCCGGAGUGCAGUGGGAGCUCCUGCUGCGCUCCGAAGGCUUCGGGGAUAGCUGCCUGAAGCUUCCGGAGCGCAGCAGGAGUUCCCGCUGCGCUCCGGAGGCUUCAGGCAGCUUCAGCGAAAACGCGAAGCCUCCGGAGCACGGCGGGAGCGCUCCCUCUGCGCUUCGGAAGACUUCGCGUUGCUGUCGCUGAAGCCAAGCAGCCUGCAUUCGCUCCAUAAGACGCACACACAUUUCCCCUUAAUUUUUGAAGGGGAAAAAGUGUGUCUUAUAGAGCGAAAAAUACGGUAUGUGCACAGAGAAGGGGCUUUACCUAUGCAAUGCCUCGUUAGGACAGAGUGGAACUCUGCUAACUGGAUUAUCCCACGAGCAAAAGGAGUGAGCAAGGAAUUCUUGCUCAUUCUUCCUUCCCCAUAUGCCUCCUGCAUGAGGGACCCUCACGGGAGAGGGCUGUAGCGGGAAGGGAAGAUUGGGAAAGAUCUCCUCUCCUCACUGCUUCCACCAGUUGGAGCACCCAGAGAGAAAAGCAGGAGGUUCUUCUGGAGCAGAGUUCUACCUGCAAAUGGAAGGUGCACUUCCAUUCACAGACGAAGAUGUCUGGAUCCAAAUCAUAAUGUUGGGUUUCGCAAGACCUGCAUUUUUAUCACAUAUCCUUAUGCAUUUUGUGGUUUCUGAUGCAACAAUUGCUUAUGAAGCCACUCUAUACCCAGAAUUUGUGAUGUAGGAGGCAGCCCUCUGUUUCUGGUUUUAGACCUAACAGCGAUGGCUAGUACUGUAUAGAAAAUGUGAUCCAUGUUAGCAGAUACAGAGCUGUUUUUCUUGGGGACUUGUUGAGGAAGGUUUCAGCCCAUUGAUAUCAUACCACUGUUGUCGUCAUCCUGCGAUUUCCAGAACAAAAUGCUUUACUCAUUUUUCAGUUGUGAAGUGAUUCGAGAUUGGAAGACAGGUGAAUCCCUCUGCUAUGCUUUCAUCGAGUUUGAAAAGGUAUGUGGCCUCACAAAAACUGUACUCACAGUUCAUUUUAUGUAGCAUCUUUAUAGGAGGGUAAAACCUAAAGGUGUGUUCUACCUGUCUCUUAUGAAAUGGUUUUAUAAUGCUGCUAAUAAAAUUACAAAGGUGGAGCAGCUUAUGACAUUCAAAGCACCAGUACAACUCACCCACACCCAAAAUCUAUAAUGACAAAUCUUCUGUUGUGAGUUUGAGGAAAGUAUUUUCUGCUGGAACAAUUCUGGUGUCCUGGAUAGUGUAUAAUGCUCAUCUGGGAAGAUCCAAAUGAGCUCUGCUAUAGGUUCAUUUCUGUGGCUUCUGGGAAGUCACUGCCUCUCAGCUUUAGAUCCCCAUUCAUAAAAUACAGUUUACAGUAACCAGUCUCACUGGGAUCGUGAGAGAAUUAAUGGUUGUAAAUGUUAUAUUCCCUAAAUUUUCAGAAAGUCAGAUCCUGUUCGGGUGCCUGAUUCCACAGUUGGUUACCCUGGGAGAAUGUUGCUUGUGCUCCUUUCAAUUUCUGGUUUAGUUUAUGCAUUUAAGAAAUUGAAAAUGGCUUGACAGUUCUUAAUGCAUGGGAAGAACCAGGCUCUUGAUUUGCUUCUCUUAAAUUCUCCUCAUAGACGUGUAGUGAUGUUGUGGUUGUGUAGGUUGCACAGGGCUGUGGCAGAAAUGGUUUUGGAUUCCUUGACCAUACAGAUAGCUAGAUUAGUGCAGUUUUGGAUAACCACCGUGUAGAAACAUUUGGGGUUUCAUUACGCAAACUUGAUACCAAACAUUUUAAGUUGAAACAAAUCUCUACAAUCAUGGAUGACACAUAUCACUGUGCCAGCACAACAGUUGGUGUUCCUCAUCCGAAGCAUGAGGACUUCAUGGACUUUUAAGCUACUGGAAUUUCCUUUUUCCAUUCAUAUACUGCCGUUGCAGGUUUAUUUUUAAAUGUCAUUUUCUAAUUUUAACUUUACAUUUCUCUGAAACGUGUACCAGGAAGAAGACUGUGAGAAAGCUUACUUUAAGAUGGAUAAUGUUUUAAUAGAUGACAGGCGGAUACAUGUGGAUUUUAGCCAGUCUGUUGCAAAGAUUAAAUGGAAAGGAAAAGGUAAUUUAUUUUACGCAUUAUAUCUAUAACUCUUUUUUAUUAUAACCAUCAGUUCUCCUUUAGAAGAGCAGACAAACAUUAGCUUUUGAUGCGGUCAUGUUCAGGUUUGCUAGUUAUGAAAUUGCCAAACAACCAUAAAAUGUGAUCUCUUCCCAGUUCGCAUCCUAUAAAUACCCUGCUUCUCAAAUUGGGCAGUGUAUAGUAUUUUGUGCUGGUGGAGAAUAAGGGCAAAGCAAUCCAACUCUCUCCCUUACACCAGGCUGGUGGGAAGGUGUUAGAAUGAACAGAGGUGCCCCUCCCUAGUUCUGUUAGCCAAGUCAGCUAGCCACCAAAUAUGCAGACAAUCAGGAGAGCCACUUGUGGGAUCCCUAAUGGUAGCAGCCAGUAGAAGCUGGGGGAACUGGGAGGCAAUGAGCAUUGAAAGGAAUGUUUCUCAAACUUUUUGACUACCUUUCUAAAAAUCUACUUAUUCUUUGUACUGAGACUCACAGACAUACCCAAACAUUCAGAGUUUCUGUUAGGCAGAUGAGAAUGCGGUAGAGUUUUGGUGUGCAGCUGCACAUAUGCUCUGCAGUGCAUGAGAAUCUGUAGACCAAGAAAGAGAGACAUUAAUGACUGUUUUAGCAGGAGUCCUUUCUCUCAAUUCUCUUUCUUUGCUGAAUAGUCCCUUCUUGCUAGCUUGGAACCUCAACUCUACAAAGUAUUUAGCCAUUUGCAUUUUGUGACCUUGAACCAUAAGAUGGCAGCACAUAGCUAAAGAUACUCAUUUAAGCAGUGAAUUUUCCCUCUCCCCCACAUUUUAAAAAGUUUUAUAUUAUUUAUUAUUUUGACAAUUGCAAAUUUGGGGUGCGGAGGCGACUUGUGAUUUUUGUCUUACUUGCAUUCAAGAUCAAUGGCAGCUUAUCUCUCUUCCUAUAAACAGGUGGGAAGUAUACUAAGGAUGAUUUCAAAGAAUAUGAAAAGGACCGUGACAAAACUCCUAAAUUAAGUUUGAAGGAGAAGGUGAAGCCAAAGCAAGAGUAUCCUUUGCAACUAAAUAAUUGUAUGUUAUUUUUAAAAACUCCUAUUUUACUAUUUAUGAGUAAAAAGGCUACAGGCUGGAUACGUAUGGUAUAUGUUUCUAGUUUAUUGGAAUCUUGCAGUGGGAUUGCAAAAACAUUUUACCUUGAAUUUGGUAGAUAGAUUUUUAUUACCUUAACUUCUAAUAACUGUUUCUCAGACUAGUAGUUUUUGUAUGUAAACUCCUUUGCGAUGUAACUGUGCAUGUAAAAUUUUAAUUCACGGAUUUAGUUAAAAUCUUAGUUGAAUUUAGAAAUGUGGAAAUCACUUUUCAAUUGGCGUUUCCAACUCCUUGACCAAAACAAAAUAGCCCCAGCUAAAUGUCUGUAUUGGGCCAUAUUCCAGCUUUGUAGGCUUCAAAACAGAACAGCUCCAUCCUCAGGCUGUGGUUCGAAUCAGAGUAGUUAACUUUUAAAAAUGCAUGUUUUCAUAUAGUGGGAGCUCUGUGUGUUCUAAUUGCCCUGCCAGUGCUGCCUCCCUCAGACUUGAUGAUGCUUGCCUGGAUCGUCUUACUGUACAAUCUGGCUGAACCACAUAGUGAACCCAUUACAGAUGCUGUGACAUGGAGUCUAACCAUCAUCUCUAUGCAGAAAUAUCUUUUGACAGCUUUGUGCCAUUUGAAUUGUGCCUUAGAAUAGCUGUGAAAUGGGGUGGGGGGUGGCAUUUGUUUUUGUUAUGCAGUUAAAAUGAUAAUGUGCAUUCGCUGGCUUUGACCUUCCAGAAAUGAAUCCAGAGGUACACUGAAGUGGACCAUUUUAGUUUGUCAUUUUAUUCUCCUGGAUCCCAUUCACUCAUGUUUUUGCCUGAUAGUGCUGCGAGGUGUUACUCUGUUGGCCAACUUGUUGGCUAACCCUAAUAUCGGUCUCCCAAGCUUUCCUUAACAGACUGCUCUAGCUCAAGAUAUGACCUUGUAUUGGAGGAGGAAGAGGAUGACGGCAAAACAAGUCACAGGCACUCUGAUAAAAAGAAGAAGAAACGCCACCAUUCAGAUGAUACCGAUGAGGAUGAGAAGAGGUCCAAAAAGUCUAAGGUGCUGGGCUCUUGUCCUUUCAGUUUAAUGAUGUGUUGCUGCAUCAGGGAAACAUUGGGUCAGAUGCAUGGAAUGUUUUCAUCACACUUCAGUCAACACUCAGUAGAUAUACAGUGGUACUUCGGGUUACAUACCCUUCAGGUUACAGACUCCGCUAACCCAGAAGUAUUACCUCGGGUUAAGAACUUUUCUUCAGGAUGAGAACAGAAAUCGUGCUCCAGCGGCGCGGCAGCAGCGGGAGGCCCCAUUAGCUAAAGUGGUGCUUCAGGUUAAGAACGGACCUCCGGAACGAAUUAAGUACUUAACCCAAGGUACCACUGUAUUGUGAAAUGUUCUAACAUUGUCCAGUUCUUGUCUGCAUAAUCUCAGCCGAAAGUCAGCUCCUGAUUUUGCUACUUUUCCCCACAUCUCACUGACGAUUUAUACUUCCUCCUUGUUGGCCCCACAUGUAGCCUUGCCACUUCUACAGAACUCUUAUUGGUUUCUCCCACUACUUUGGCUGUCCUACAGAGAUGCUCUUGGUCUCUACCUUCUUCCUUUCAAGAGCUCUGUACAAUCAUUUCUAUUUGAAAGCUUCAGCCACUUAGAUGCCAGCCUUCCUUGCAUGCCAAACUGGAGCAUAUUUGGGUCAGAGUGCUGCUGUUGCUGCCACAUACCGUUCACAAUGCUCCACAGCUGCUGCAUAAUUUAGCACAUUGGUUGCACAAUUAGAUUGAGAUUUUUUUCAUAAGCCACCCUUUUAGAAGAUUCCUGUAUGAUACCAGUCCUCGUUUCUUCUCUUUUUAGAGAAAGUAAGCAAGUGGGCAUUUGCAUGUCAAAGAAUGUGAAUUGUUCAACAGUGUUAGGACCGAAGCCCAUGUCUCCACAAUGCAUUCCCCAUCUCCAGAGUGGCAAUAUCCAUCUAUAUCAGGUUAUUAGCCAGAAGAGCCAGAUCAUGGGUGGUAAAACUGUGACCCUCCAGAUUAUUCUGGACUACAAAUCUCAUUAUCCCUAACUAUUGACUAUCCUAGUUAGGACAGAUGGGCAUUGGGUGUCCCAAAAAAAUCUAGAUGCACCAGGUUGCUGAAUUCUGCCAUACAGCCGAAACAUAUUACACAAAAUCAGGCCUUUUUUAAUUGAUUCAUUUUCUCAGCUCAGGAUCAGCUUUCCCAUGUCUUUUAGGAGCAUUGUUUACAUUUCUUCCAGCAUAGAUACAAUUUGUCAUGUAGCUCAAGAAUAGGGGAUUUGUGGCCCUCCAGGUGUUGCUCGACUCCCAGCUCCCAUUAGUCCUAGUCAACAUAGCCAAUGGUCAGGGAUAAUAGUUGUUGCCAACCAGUUUCUGCAGGGCCACAGGUUCACCACUCAGGAUCUACCUCUGGUCCUGUGGCAUCAGAAAUGGAUUCAGAAAUGGAUUCAGAUGGAUUCACAGUUAGUGACGGUGUAGCUGCUGCAAACUCUGGUCCAGCUGAAACGAAGCUGAUGCUGGUGCAGGUAGCAUAUUUGCAGAAAUAAGUGCUCUGGAUCUGAUUGCACUUCUCUUUUAAGGAGCAAGUUAAUACAGCAGCUUUUCUUCUGGGCUGGCGUGUUCUUUGCUGCCACAUUUCUCUUAGCUGCUGUUUCUCUUCUCCUUUUGCUUUCUGGUUCAUGAGUUUAAGCUUUAUCCGCUUUUCCCAUUCCAGCACUUUACUUUCUGCUCUCAUAUCCCAAUAUAUUCUUUCCAUGACCUUGGCUCCUACAGCUGCACCAUUCUCAGCUGUCUGAAGGUCUCCUGCCUCAAACAAUUCCACCCUUGCUUUCUUAUACUGGAUGUUUCCUGUAUGAUUUAUUGAUACCAUCUCUUUCUUCAUGUCCUUUUUCAAAACCAAGCAAAUUAAAGAAAAUAGUAGUAGACUUCAUUUGUUUUAAAAGGAAAGGCAUUGAAUAAUACAGUGUUGCACAACAGCAUCAAAAGUUCAGAGCACACAUGCCACAAAAUAUAACAGAUAUAUAUUACAUUUCUUGAUCCUGUAAAACAUGCUUGAUUUUUGGAAUCAGGCUUAGAUUUUUCACUUUUGUUGGACUGAAGCAAAGGAAAGGUAAGCAUACAAAGCCUGUGAAACAUGCAUACUUUCCUCAUCCACUAUUUAUACAAGUUAUGUUGGUUGAAUCUAUUUUACUAAUGACAAUACUUGGGGUGGGGUAGAGAUAACAGAUAUGGUGAAAUUAUUAUUAGGAAACUACAUUCUUGUAUAAGGAAGGGAGAGUUUUAAAGUUUUUAAAAUUGCCCAUGAUAAAUUUGGUUUCUGUAUUCUUUUGCUAAAGCAAGUGGUCCUUGCUGCAGAAACCUAACUUUACACGGUUCAAAAACCAGGUGAAUGAAGCAACCACUUUAAUUCAGCCACACAUUGCUGAUAAUAGGUUGUAUCCAAAGAUGGUUUGAGAGGAAGGCUGUUCAUGCAACUGAUCUUUUGCCACAGACCCAAAAAGAAUGCUGUAAGCUCUGAAUGCAUUUACAUCUGAUUCUGAAUUAUGUCAUUGCAAGCUUGUGUAUUCUUUUCAAAUUAAUUUGUGUCAUUCCUAGCCCUUUCUAAUCCUUACAACUCUCUCUACAUUUCUUAAAGCAGGACCUUGACCGAAGGCAGAAAGAAGAGAAAAGAAAAAACGAAAAGCGAGAGAGGCGGCGCAGCCGUAGCCGUAGCCGUAGCCAGUCUUGGGAUAGAGAUGACCGAUACCGAAAGUCAAAGGACAAAUACCACGAGGAAAAGAGGAAAGCCAGAAGCCCUAAGAAAUCCAGAGAGAAGGAGAAGUCCAAGUACAGAUGAAUGAGGAUUAAGAAAAACAAACUCUUCCCCCAGUGCUUUUCUGCCUUUGAGACCAACAACCACUCCCCAAAGACCCUUCAGUCUUCCUUUUUGACUUUUGAUCCUGGGGCUCUAUAGGAUGACAUCCUAUAAUGUGGAAUUUAGUAAAAUUUUGACUGUAUUGGGGGGGGGGGGGGAGUUAAAGCAUUUUGUUUUCAGUUUACAGUGGAAUGGUGACAAGACCACCACAUUAUUUGAUUUAUUACAGGCACCACCCACCAAAAAGGAACCUUAGUAAUGUCAGCUGUUAAAACAUUAUUUUUGUCAGCUCUUAAGAGUUACUUGAUUCAUAAUUAAUUUCCUACUUUAUCUUUUCUGUAUAGGAAACUGCAUGCAACUGAAGGGUGUGUCAUUAUAUGUGACAGAAGUGGGCUUUAUUUUGCCAUGGAAACCUGCUUCCAGUUAGGGCUUCCUGCUACAUGUAUUGAAGUAGUGUUGCGCGUCUUAAUUACACAUGCUGUAUACACAGUUGGUACAUCCAGUUCCUAGACAGAACUGAUAUCCAAGUAGAGACCUUGUCACGUGCAAAGUAGCUCUAAAUUCCUUUGGUUGUGUGAGGCCUUCACUAAAAGGCCAUCUUUUACAAUACACAUUUCAUAAUUCAGAAGCAUGUUUGUUUGUUUGUUUUUUAAUACCUACACACUUCUCCCUGAAGCUGUUUUCUAUAUGUAGAGAUCUAGAUUCAUUGCAGGAAGAAGUCUCUCCACUUUGUAGUUAUUGCAAGGCAAGCAACAAGCAAACUCCACACUAGCAUUGAAGUUUCUCUAUGUCACUUUAGAGGGUAUGAGAAAAGAAUCCUUUCUUCAGAAGCCAACAACAGAAUUGGAGAAGACCAAGUCAUGCCCUGCUAGUGACUGGCUUAGUCCAAGAAAAUUUCAGCGUAGAACAACAUUUCACAAACAGUUGUGUUUUACCAUGCUAUAAAUUAUUAAAGUUAAAAACAACCACCACCACCAGGUACAAUUUACAAAUAGGAAUAGAGUAGGGCUAUUUAGUUUCUCUCUACUUCCUUCAAUAUUGUAAUUAACCCCCCUUUACUGCAGAAAGCUAACAUAGUGUUACAAACAAGAAAUGUCUGAGUUGAAACAGCCAGCAGAACUUGUUGCUGCAUGCAAAACCAAGCCAGCAUAGAAAGGAAAUGCUUAUUAAACCACAACCCAAGGUAUAAAAUACUUGUAGGGAGGACUGACGUUAGUUUUGCCACGUGUUUAUCUUUUUCUUUUUUAGAUGCUCUGUAUUCCUCUGUUAUGUAUUAAAAGAACAAGCCAGUAAUGUAUAUGCAGAUCUCUCAAAGGUUGGGAUGUAACUAAGCUGUUUUUUAAAUGUUAUCUCGGUAAUGCAUUCUUGCUAAGGAAUAUAUGGGGGUUUUCCCCCCCUGGACAAGAGAGGCUGUAAUUCUAUACUGAUUUGAGUGGAAGACCCAUUGAAUACUGUGGGAUUUGCUGCUUUGUAAACUGGCAUGGGGUUGUGCUGUAGCUUUCAUAAACUCCCACAUUCUUUUUAACUUUCCAGCACAAGCUCCCUGUGCCUGAAAUACUAUAUUUUGUAAAGAUGUGCUGCCAGUGUUUUUGUAGAAAAAAAUCUUUACAGAAGCGAAGCUUUCCAGGUGAAAGCUAUUCCUCCAAUAUGAGCUUCCCAUGCAUGGCAGACAGUUCCUACCUAUUAAAGAUAGAGAAUAGUUUUUAGCAUUCUAGACCAGACUUCCCCAACCUAUUGUCUUCUAGAUGUUUUUGGACUACAACACCAAGACAGU